CUCGUGACGUCACGUCCACCGUUUCCGCAUUUGCGAGGGUUCAUCUCUUCUCAAAAGAGUCUCUGUGAGGACAGGGUCAACAUUAGAACGUGACUGCCAGCUUUUUUGUUACCUUUUCAGUUCACGAAUAAUCGACUCUUUUUGAACAUAAAAACUUACAUUUCAACGAGCGUCGCGUUCGUGGAGGCGGUCCAGUCAUGUCGGAACAAGACAGUAACCCGUUCACGGAGUCGGAGCUCAGCAAUCCGUUUGAGGACCCUUCGGUGACACUUGCAAGACAGACGGCGGCGGCGGCGGCAGUGGGAUUAGAAGAGUACAAUCCCUUCACAAACUCCAAACAAGCGGCCACGGCGAGCAAGCCCCCCGCGGCGGCGCCAGCCGUCCCGACCCAGCCCGCCGUCGUGAAGCACGGCGAGGAAGCUCCCGUCUCCUUGCAGCCUCGGGCUCAGGAGUCGACGGGGGGUGCCGGCGAGCUGCUCAAGAGGCAGGAAGAGCUGGAAAAGAAGGCGGCCGAGCUGGACCGGCGAGAGAGGGAGAUGCAGUCGCUCAGCGCUUCUGGAGGUAGGAGAAACAACUGGCCCCCGCUCCCGGAGAAGUUCCCGGUUGGCCCGUGUUUCUAUCACGACAUCACGGUGGACAUUCCCGUGGAGUACCAGAAGACGGUCAAGAUCAUGUACUACCUGUGGAUGUUCCACACGGGGACGCUACUGGCCAACCUGGCGGGCUCGUUGGCGUGGUUCGGCGUGGACUCUUCCCGCGGCGUGGACUUCGGUCUGGCCGUCCUGUGGUUCCUGCUGUUCACGCCGUGCUCCUUCGUGUGCUGGUACCGCCCCGUCUACGGGGCCUUCAAGUCAGCUGCCGGCCCACCCUCUUUGACGUUCCUGCGCCACGUCGCCAUCUUUGACCUUUUCUUCUUGUUUCGGCUGGAUCUCGGCGCUGACGUGCCUGAACACCAGCGUGGCCGCGGGCGUGUUGAUGAUCCUGGUGGCGGCGCUGUUCACCGCGCUGGCCGUCAUGUCGCUGGUCAUGUUCAAGAAGGUGCACGCCAUGUACCGCACCACCGGCGCCAGCUUCCAGAAGGCCCAACAGGAGCUGGCCACGGGCGUCAUGUCCAACAAGACGGUGCAGGCGGCCGCCGCCUCCGGGGCGGCGCGGGGAGCCUUCAAGGAGCGCAUCUGAGCGGCAGAAUCGCGCUCGCUCGCUCCGUCGUCAUCGGCCGCAAGCGUGCGUCCGCUCUGUCAGCGUGCCUCGACUUCUCGCCUCGCCUUCUUUUCAAAACUACGUCUUUUCUUACACUUAUGAGAAUGUUAGGGCCACACUGAGAAGAAAUACUUCACAAUGCCAAUAAUCACGUCGGAUUUUUCGGUGAAAUAAAUGUCCCGAUUAAAAAAAAAAAAAAAAAAAAGCAAAACAUCACAAAGAUUUCUUUUUCUGGCAGUCUUAUUUAAAAAUUAAUUUUGAGGAAAAAAGAAAACAUACAUUUCCAAUAAUAAAGCCCAAUUUUACAAGAAUAACGUAGCAUUUAUUUUAAGGGGAAUAAAAGUCAUGCAGGUAAAGUUCAUAAAAUUGUGUUUUUUCUUAUCAGUGUGACCCUAAUAACACUCUUUGAUUUCAAGAAA